AUGAGUGCUCUCCGACUUGAGUUGCUAGUAAUUUUAAUUCUCAUUAUUCAAUGCAAUGGGUUACUUCGUUUUGCCAACUACAUUCAAGAUCAUAUGGUACUUCAACGAGCUCCACAAAAAUCGAUCGUAUGGGGAUUUGGAGCUGCAGGAAAACUAACGACUCUUAGAAUGAAUAAUAAAAUCUAUACAACGAUUAGUCGAUCAGAACCAGCGAAUCAGCUAGGUGAAAGUAUAUGGUCAGUAACACUUGAUCCCGUGUCUGAUGAAGGACCAUUCGAUAUUCACGUUUCACAAUCAUUGCCUAAUGGAACACUUUUAACAAUUACAAUUCAUGAUGUUCUCUUUGGUGAUGUUUGGGUUUGUUCAGGCCAAUCAAAUAUGCAAUUUACAGUGAGCAUGAUGUUCAAUGCGACAGAAGAAAUUAAAAAUGCAGGAAAUUUUUCUAAAAUACGACUGUUCACUGCUUCACUUAUGCCAUCAGCAUUACCUGUUGAAGAAUUACUGGGUAUUAAUUUAAAUUGGUCAGUAGCAUCACCACACACUGUCGGUGGACCAGAUUGGAACUAUAUGUCAGCUGUAUGUUGGUUAUAUGGUCGUAUGAUUCAUCAAGCACUAAAUGGUCGACCCAUUGGUCUUAUCGCUACUAGUUGGGGUGGAACACCUAUUGAAUUUUGGAUGCCACCAAAAGCAUUACAAGAUUGCAAUGCCACAACAAAUGAACACCUGAAAAUACAACCCUAUAAUGGGCCUUCCGUAACAGUGCCAGUGAAUCAUUCGAAUUUAUUUAAUGCUAUGAUCUAUCCAUUUACUCGUACUGUUAUCUAUGGUUCUAUCUGGUAUCAAGGUGAAGCAAAUGCUGGUAAUCCUACAUAUGCUUGCAAAUUUGCAAAAAUGAUUCAAUAUUGGAGACAAACAUGGAAUGAACGCACAAAUGGAAUAGCUGAUAUUCAAUUUCCAUUUGGUUUCGUUCAAUUAUCAACAAACACGAACAAUACAGCAUAUGUUGGAGGAUUUCCAAUGCUUCGAUGGCAACAAACCUUUAAUGUUGGCUAUGUUCCAAAUAAUGUUGUUCCAAAAGUAUUUAUGGCUGUCGCUUUAGAUCUACGUGAUGAUCCUAAUGGUAUUCAUCCUCGAACUAAACUUGAUGUAGGAUAUCGACUCUCUCGUUCUGGUCUUGCAGUCGCUUAUGGACAACAAAUUGAAUUUCAAGGUCCUAUUGUACAAAAUGUUGCUUAUUCAAGUGGCAGUCAAACUAUCAACAUCACUUAUACUGCUGUAUCAAAUAUCGAACUACGUAAUCCAAAUGGAUUUGAGGUUUGUUGUCAAGGUAGUCAUUGUUCGAAUGAUACUUUAUGGGUUCCAUCAACUGUAUUAAGUAAAAUUGGAUUGACAAUAACAUUAACAUUGGACAGUUCAUGCGUUGGAAAACAACUUUAUGGUCUUCGUUAUCUUUGGCGAGAAACGCCAUGUCCAUUUAAACAAGCCGCUAUUUAUAGUAAUACAGAUGCUAAUUUACCUUCUCCACCAUACAUCAAACUUUUCUAA